CAUGAAAAUUGAAAUGUAGUUUUCUAUUUUAACAUCUACAAACAUAACCUAAACUAUAACAUUUGUGCUUAUCAUCAUUACAUUUACAGUAAAUUUCCUCGUUCGUUGUAAUUAUGGCAUCUUCAGAACGAUACAGUUUCUCAUUAACGACCUUCAGCCCUUCGGGGAAACUUGUCCAAAUUGAAUAUGCCUUGGCUGCAGUUGCUGCUGGAGCACCUUCGGUUGGAAUUAAAGCUUCCAAUGGCGUGAUUAUUGCUACAGAGAAUAAGCAUAAGUCGAUUCUUUAUGAUGAACACAGCGUGCAUAAAGUUGAAAUGAUUACGCAGCAUAUCGGAAUGGUGUAUUCUGGUAUGGGACCGGAUUAUCGACUCUUAGUGAAACAAGCAAGAAAAAUUGCACAACAAUAUACUUUGGUUUAUAACGAGCCAAUACCAACAGCUCAAUUGGUCCAACGUGUAGCAGCAGUAAUGCAGGAAUACACACAAUCUGGGGGAGUAAGACCAUUUGGAGUUUCGUUACUCAUUUGCGGUUGGGAUAACAAUAGACCGUACCUUUUUCAAUGUGAUCCUUCUGGUGCCUACUUUGCGUGGAAAGCAACAGCAAUGGGCAAGAACUUUAUUAAUGGCAAAACAUUUUUGGAGAAAAGGUACAGUGAAGACUUGGAACUGGAUGAUGCUGUACACACUGCUAUAUUAACAUUAAAAGAAAGCUUUGAGGGGCAAAUGACUGCCGACAAUAUUGAAGUGGGAAUCUGUGAUGCUUCUGGAUUUAAAAGAUUAGACCCAUCCCAUGUUAAAGAUUACUUAGCAAAUAUUCCGUAAUUUUUUUUCUUAAACAUGUAUUUUUAAUCUGAAAUUUUGUAUUCUAACUUAAAAUACACUUGCAGAAAUGAUGUGA